CCCACUCCCUCUCCCGUGGAACGGCACCCCGUUUCUCCCCGUCGGUCUUCCCUCCCGCCGCGACCGCUCGCGCUGCUGCCUCCCAGUUCCAGGCUCGCACGGUCCCACCCCAACCCCAACCCCGACGACCCAACCCCUUCUCGGCAGCAAGGCCACCGCGCGAGCCAGUCACCUCGUACUGGCACGCCCCCGCCCUGUCCCCCUCUCCACCCGCGAGUCCAAGGGUUUGGAGCUCUCACGGCGGCGCGGGCAAUGGCGGCGCGAGGCCGUGGACGCCGGUAGUUUCUCAGCCAUCGGCGGAAGGCGGCUCGUCGCACCUCGCAGAGUAUGGGGAGCAACGGCGUGGCGGGGGCGGCUUGGGAGGAGGUCGGAGCGGGCGGCGGAGUGAGGAGGCGGAAGGGUAGCGCGGGCGCAGCGGGCGCGUCCUCCUCCUUCGCGGAGGGGAUGGGGGAGUUCGUGCUGCGCUCCAUGGACGCGAGGUUCACCGGAUCGGCCGACGCCGAUGGGUUGUUCUCCUCGUCGCUGCAGCCAGCAUUCGGGCAUAAUAAAUCCACAACUGCAAGUUCUGGUAUCUUUAAAGGGCAAGAGCACGUUUUUGUAAGAUCAUACUCUGAUAGGUUGCUAAAGUGUGACCUCACUUUGGAUAUGCUAUCAGAAAAUGAGAAGAUAAAGAUAAUUGAGAAGCUGGUAAAGAUCCAGAAUGAUGGUACACUUGAGGUAGAUGUGACGCGUAGUGCUCUUGUUGCCUCAGAACUCUCAGAGAUUGAUGCUUUUGGUUCUGUACCACAUGAUACUGAAGAAUUUACAUCUGGAAUCAGCAAGUCAGUCCCAAAGCUGAAGAUUGCCAUACUUGUAGUUGGAACACGAGGGGAUGUUCAGCCUUUUAUAGCAUUAGCUAAACGACUUCAGGAAUUUGGUCAUUAUGUGAGAUUGGCAACUCAUGUCAAUUUCCGUACUUUUGUGAAGUCAGCUGGCAUUGAUUUUUACCCAUUGGGUGGUGAUCCACGGAUUAUGGCUCAGUAUAUGACAAAAAACAAAGGGUUUUGCCUGGCUGCGCCCACAGAGAUUUCUGUUCAAAGAAAGCAGCUUAAGGAAAUCAUCUUCUCACUUCUACCUGCAUGCACAGAACCUGAUUUGGAAACCGGAACACCUUUUAGAGCGCAGGCAAUAAUUGCAAAUCCUCCUGCUUAUGGACAUCUGCAUAUUGCUGAGGCACUUGGAGUUCCUCUGCAUAUCUUCUUCACCUUUCCAUGGACGCCAACUGAUGAGUUCCCGCAUCCAUUGGCACGAAUGCCUCAAAGUGCAACUUACAGGCUAUCCUAUCUUAUUCUGGAUUUAAUAAUUUGGUGGGGCACCAGGGGAUUCAUAAAUGAUUUCAGGAAGAAGUUAAACUUGCCCCCUAUUGCUUACUUCAGCACAUAUCAUGGAUCUAUAUCACACUUACCUACUGGAUACAUGUGGAGCCCUCAACUUAUGCUGAAGCCAAAAGAUUGGGGUCCUCUGGUGGAUGUUGUGGGAUAUUGCUUCUUAAAUCUUGGAACAAAGUAUCAACCACCACUGGAGCUAUCACAGUGGCUUCAACAGGGGCCCAAGCCAAUAUACAUUGGUUUUGGUAGCAUGCCUCUUGAUGAUGAGAAGAAAGUCACUACUAUCAUUUUGGAUGCACUAAGAGAAUCAGGACACAGGGGAAUCAUUAGCCGUGGUUGGGGAGAUCUUGGAAGUUUUUCAGAAGUUCCAGUUGAUGUCUUCAUCUUGGAGGAUUGCCCUCAUGACUGGCUCUUUCCUCGCUGUGCUGCAGUGGUGCAUCAUGGUGGAGCAGGUACUACAGCCGCAGGGCUGAUAGCUGGGUGUCCUACCACCGUAGUGCCAUUUUUUGGAGACCAGUUCUUCUGGGGUGACAGAAUUCAUGCACGAGGAGUGGGUCCUGCACCUAUACCUAUAGCGGAACUUACAGUCGAGGCACUUUCAAAUGCAAUAAGAUUCAUGCUUGAUCCUGAGGUAAAAUCACGAGCAAUGGAGCUGGCGAUUGCAAUAGGGAAUGAGGAUGGUGUGGCAGCUGCUGUAGACGCAUUCCAUCGACAUCUGCCUUCAGAAUUGCCGCUUGCUCCUCCGCCCACACAUGUAGAGGAAGAACGCAUAGACUUGUUCCAAUGGUUUUCUCGAGCCCUUGAGAAGUGUUGUUUUCCAUGCAAUUUUUACUCGUGGUCCAUAUGUUAGGUAUAGGUAAGAUUUAUUCAUUUAUUUGUUGACAAAUGAGCACAUUUUUUUUUCUCUAAAAGAAGUAGCUAAUGAAUUAGUCCGACUGGCCAACGGUGAUUUCUCCUCACCCCAUUGUGGAUGCGAAAAUAAGACUGGUGGUAUAACUUGGCUACCUAAAUGGUUGCGUAGCUACAGUUGUAUUAAGGCUUUUGUUUGUUUUUGCUGCGAAUUAUUAUAAUUUGGAUUCUGUAAAGUUUAUUCCUAUCAAAUUAUGUAUCGUGGGAUUUCAUAGUA